CUGUGGGAGCAGGAGUCACAAGAUCUCGGAUUAAGAGAGUUGGGUUAAGUCUGAGGACAUCGCCCAACUUCCUGGUCUACUAUUGCAAGUUUUGAUUUCCAGGAAGAUCUACAUCUCUUUGUGACUGCAGACUAUUAGCUGAAGGGAUGCCUGCUUCACUACCCUGGAAGGAGAUUUGACUGUACUGGGCUCGCUGGAAGCUUCUGUUGUUCUGUCCCUGGCAGCAUGUGGUGUUUCCAGAAGGGUGUGUGUGCCCUCCCGUCUAUCCUGGUCGUCUGGUCGUCUGCCACCUUCAUCAUCAACUACGUGAUAGCUGUUCUAAUGGGUCAUGUUGACCUGCUGGUGCCUUAUAUCAGUGACACCAGUGCUGAUCCUCCUGAACGUUGUGUCUUCGGUUUCAUGCUGAGCAUCUCUUCCUUUUUAGGUGUAGCCACUGUUUACGUUCGGUACAAGCAGGUCCAGUCCCUGGCACUAGGGGGCGAACACAGUCUGCAUCUCCUCAACUGUGCGGGCCUGGUCCUGGGCAUCUUGAGCUGUCUGGGCAUGUGUGUGGUGGCCAACUUCCAGAAGACCUCCAUCAUCUCGAUGCACCUGGUUGGAGCUGGGCUGACCUUUUUCAUGGGGGUGUUCUACAUCCUGGUGCAGACAGGCAUGUCCUAUCGCAUGCAGCCUCGCUUCCACGGCAGGGACAUCCUGUGGGCCCGUACCGCCGUGGGGCUGUGGAGCCUGGCUAGCAUCGUCACUGCGUUUGUGUCAUCCGUUAUCCUGUAUGACGACCUGCCAGGGGUAGAUGUGACCAGUAAACUACACUGGAGUCCUGGAGAAACCGGCUACACGGCUCAUAUGGUCAGUGCUGUUGCGGAAUGGUCUCUGGCCUUCUCCUUUAUCAGUUUCUUCCUGACCUACAUACGAGACUUCCAGAAAAUUGAGUUUCAGGUGCAGGCUAUCCUGCAGAGUAACCACCUGUACAACUACAACCACUACGACGGGAGGACACAUGUUUACCACGGAGAGCACUCACCACUUCUUUCUGGUGGCCUCUGAACACGCCCCCUUGUGGCCAACUGACAAACGUCCAUGCCUAUCCGGAUGAUGACGUUACCAACUGUAUUUUCUCACUACUUUUUUUUAAAGACUACUGUUACUACAAGUGGAUAGACUUGAUAGGUUGCCUCAACUGUACUUUCCCUCAUGUUGUGUAACAUCUGUGGUUUUGUGGAGAAUGUGACAAGAGUAACGCCAGUAAAGAAUGUUUAGGGUAAUACUUGGAAUACUGGAACAUUGUUAUAUAUGUAUUGUUCAUUUCUGUUAUAAUCUAGGGAAUCAAAAUACAGAAAACAUGAUAGGUCAGGUUUGAUAUGUACAUUUUUGUUAUGUGCAAGGCUUCUUUUUGAUUUGUAUUUUCUAUGUGCUGACGCAAACCUCUUACUGUAGCACUUCAAGUAUUGUACUUUUCUAAAAGUAAAUGUAAUAUCUUUUUUU